AUGACAAGCCUACUACCGCCGCCGAAACCGCUAGACAUGGCAAGCGAACCCUGGAACGCAUGGAAGAAGUGGCUAAUGGAAUUCGAGCUGUUUGCGGUAGCAACGCACCUGAUGGACCAACCUGACAAAGUGCAAGCAGCAACACUUCUCGUCUGCAUCGGAGAAGAAGGUAGGCGAAUUUACACUACCUUCACAUUCGAUAACGAGGAAGACAGAGAGAAACUCGAGGUCCUGAAGAAUAAGUUCGCGGCGCACAUGAAGCCAGCGAUCAACCUCACGUACCACGAAUUCAUCUUUGGGAAAAGAGACCAAAAGGAAGGUGAGAAGUUUGAUGAGUGGUUGACGGAACUGAGGGUGCUUGUACGCAACUGCGAGUACGGCGACGUCGAAGAACGUAUGCUAAGAAGCCGAAUAAUACUCGGAACUAAAGACCGACAGUUGCAGCAGAAACUGAUUAACGACAAUCCUACCUUUGACAAAGUCCUGGAGAUAUGCCGAACAAGGGAACGAACUGAAGAACGGUUCAACGAAAUCCACGGAAAGGACGAGCGACACGAGGACCCACUGACAGUAAAGGUGCUUAGAAGAUCAGACCAAGUCACCUGCCACCGUUGCGGCUUUGUUCAUCGCGCGAGCACGUGCCCAGCUACUGGAAAACAGUGCCUUAGUUGUGGCGAGCUAGGCCACUUUGCAAAAUGCUGCAAGAGCGAGACCCACACACCAGACAGCCGUCACCGACACCAGUCGAAAAAAGGACGAAAAUUUGAUCCCAAAGUACGACAAGUAGAGCGCGAGGAUACGGACAACAGCGAUGAAGGUUAUCUGCUGUGCCAUUUAACCGUAGAUAAGAUAGAGAAAGAAGACCGAUGGAGCGAGACAGUCACAAUAGAAAAAGAUAGCGUACGCUGCAAGCUCGACACCGGGGCUAAUUGCUCAGUCAUCCCAGAAAGACUGGUCCGUCUAAUAUCAAACAAAAAAGUCCGGAAGUGCGAUACCACACUAUCAUCGUUCUUUGGCCACAAGAAAAAAGCAUGUGGAAGAACAACACUGACAGUGUCGAAUGGAGCCAGAGCUGUCCAGGAGGAGUUCUUUGUGGUCAAGGAAGAGGUACCGGUGACGUUGGGAGGAGAACUGAGUGAAAACCUUGGAAUGAUCAAGCGUCUGGCUUCUGUGUCAAGAGAACACGAAGACACAAAUGCAGCAGAUACAAAUCUUUGUGACCCUGCCGGACCAUACGCAGACGUUUUCAGCGGACUGGGAAAGGUCAAGGGAUUUGUGUACAACAUGAAGGUGAAGCCAGGUUCACAAGGCGUCGUUCGCCCAGCCAGGAAGGUGCCUGUGGCACUGCAAGAAAAGGUCAAGUGCGAACUUCAAAGAAUGGAAAACCAGGGAGUUCUGACAAAAGAACAUGGCGAGAAUCUGCGACACUUGCUCCAACGCUGCCGUGAAGUGAAUCUACGACUUAACCCAAAGAAGAUCCAACUCGCGAAGACAGAAGUGCGCUACCUCGGACAAGUGCUGACUGGAGAUGGAGUUGCUGUUGACCAAGAGAGAAUCAAAGCCAUACUGGAGGUCAAUGAACCAAAAGAUCGCAAGGAACUUCGAACAUUUCUCGGAAUGAUCACCUACUUGUCGAGCUUCAUACCACGACUUUCCGAGCGUGCGGCACCACUACGAGAACUGCUGAAAAAAGAGAUUGCAUGGGUAUGGACGGUAGAUCAACAAAGAAGUUUCGAAGACCUGCGAGACGCUUUGACGAAGGCACCAGUGCUGGCUUACUACACUGCAGAAAAGCCGAUUACGCUGUCAGUCGACGCAAGCCAAUACGGAGUAGGGGCCGUUAUCACCCAAGACGGAAGACCAAUAGCGCCGUUACAGGCUGUUUUCAUGAAACCGUUGCAUCAGUGCCCGAUGAGACUGCAGCGGAUGAAGAUGGCUCUCCAAAGAUACUCAUUGGAAGUAAAAUUCAUACCUGGAAAAGACUUGCAGUUAGCGGACGCACUGUCACGGUUUCCCACGAAGGAAACAAUGCAAGAAGAAGAAGAGAAAUUUCAAGUCAAUUCACUGGAGCACAUAUCUGUCACACAAGAUCGGCUAAAUGAAAUAAGAGACGCAACUGCAGCCGAUGUCCAGGUGCGUCUACUGCGCGAGUAUGCACAGACGUCAUGGCCCGAGCAGAAAGAGCAAGUUCCUCAGCUCAGAAGGCCAUUCUGGUCCUACAGAGAGGAGAUCCACGAGGAAGACGGCCUUGUGCUGCGGUCAAACAAGAUAAUAAUUCCAACGGCCAUCAGAUCCAAGAUUCUCAACUUGCUCCACACGGCACACGCGGGCAAAGACAAAAUGAAGAGAAGAGCCCGAGAAAUUUUGUUCUGGCCCGGAAUCAACGCUGACAUUGACCGCGAACAUGGCAAAUGCAGCAAAUGCGAGAAGUACAAAUCAAGAAACACCAAGAUGCCACUCCUCAGCCACUCACUGCCAACGCUUCCUUGGCAGUUGGUCGGGACCGAUUUCUUCACUCAUGAAGGAAAAGACUACAUAAUCCUGGUGGAUUUUUACUCAUUUUAUUUUGAGGUAAAGAAAUGA